AUGGUCAAGUUAUCAGAAGGAGAUGAUAUGCGGCAAUUGCACAUAGAAGUCCGUGGCGUUCCAACCUAUUGCAUGAACAUCAAAGAAUGCAUGAGUGUUGAAGUCGAAGCGGACGGAAAGCCAUGGUACCAUGAUAUCAAGGCUUAUAUCAAGAGCAGUGAAUACUCGCCCGAUGCAACGGACAGUGAAAAGAAGUUUAUUCGGCGCAUGGCCUGCCAAUUUUUCUUGAGUGGAGAAGUCCUGUACAAAAGGAACCAUGAUUCUACCUUGCUUCGAUGCAUAGAUGCCUCUAAGGCUUAUCACCUGAUGGAAGAGAUGCAUGAAGGCUUACUUGGGGCUCAUGCCAGUGGACCCCUGUUGGCCCGCAAGAUUAUAAGCCGAUCAUUACUGGCUCACCAUGUAAAAUGA